AUGGCUAUCCAGGCCUCGUUCGUGGCCGCGUGCCCGAAGGCGGCGGCCCCGGUCCGCGGCGCGCGUAGUUCUCGCGUGUCGAUGCCGGUUGCGCGCCACGCGGCGCUCAAGACGUCGCAGGCCAGCGCGUUUGGCGCCACCUGCACUCGCCAGGCGGUUGGCGCCUCCCGCAGCCUGUCCCUGAGCGUCCGUGCGGCGGCAGGCAAGGCUGCGUCGCCCGACGGGAAGAAGACGGCCAUCAUCACGGGCGCCUCGUCCGGUCUCGGUCUCCAGGCUGCGCGCGCGCUGGCGGUGUCCGGCGACUGGCACGUCAUCAUGGCCUGCCGCGACUACUCCAAGACGGAGAAGGCCAUGAAGGCCAACAACUUCCCCCCCGGCUCCGCCACCAUCCUCCACCUCGACCUCGCCUCGCUCACCUCGGUGCGCAAGUUCGUCGACGCCUUCCGCGCCGAGGGCCGCCCGCUCGACUGCCUCGUCGCGAACGCCGCCGUCUACCUCCCCACGGACAAGGAGCCCACGUACACCGCGGACGGCUUCGAGAUGGCCGUUGGCACCAACCACCUGGGACACUUCCUGCUGUGCAACCUGCUGCUCGAGGACCUCAAGGCGACGCAGGAGCGCACGGGCGACGCGCGCAUGGUCAUCGUCGGCUCCAUCACCGGCAACAGCAACACGCUCGCCGGCAAGAUCCCCCCCCAGGCCGACCUGGGGGACCUCGCAGGCUUCGAGGCGGGCUUCCAGCCGCCCACGUCGAUGAUCAACGGGGGGGAGUUCGACUCCCCCAAGGCGUACAAGGACUCCAAGGUCUGCAACAUGCUCACGAUGCGCGAGUUUGACCGGCGGUACCGCGACACGGGCAUCACGUUCGCGUCGCUCUACCCCGGGUGCAUCGCCGACAGCGGGCUAUUCCGCAACCACGUCAAGCUCUUCCGCGAGCUCUUCCCCAAGUUCCAGAAGAACAUCACCAAGGGCUACGUCAGCCAGGAGGAGGCCGGCCGCCGCCUCAGCCUCGUGGUCGCGGACCCCGAGUACAAGACGUCCGGCGCGUACUGGUCCUGGUCGAAGCAGGGCGGCUUCGUGAACACGCCCUCGGCCGAGGUGCAGGACGGCGUCAAGGGGCAGAAGCUCUGGGAGUUGUCGGAGAAGCUCGUUGGGCUCUCCGGGGGCGCCAAGCCCAAGGAGGGCCAGGCCAAGGAGCCCGUUGCUGCGUGA